AUGAACAAAAUUAGUCUUAUCUUUGGAGUAAUAUGCCUAAUUUCAGGCUGCAUUGCAGGCGAUGAGUCGGGUGCGGUUAUUACCAAGUAUACAAGUCAUAUCAGCCAGGAUGGCAGCUAUGGCUACGAAUUUGGCACAUCGAACAAUAUUCAGGCAGCGGAAACAGGAGUGGGCAGUUCGUAUGCCGAAGGAUCUGUUCAGUACAUAGCACCCGAUGGACAACCCAUUCACCUGGAGUAUACAGCCGAUGUCAAUGGCUAUCAACCUAAAGGCGAUCAUCUGCCAACACCUCCACCAAUUCCAGAUUACAUUCUGCGGGGACUGGCUUACAUUGAGUCACAUCCGUUUCAAGUAAUUCAGGUCAAGAAAUAA